AUGACAGUGCCCACUAACCGUUCAACAGAAGACGAGGUGAGAGUUAUCAACGGCGUAAAAGCUCUAGUCGAUGCCACCAUGGAUCCCCCUAAAGAACAAAGUGAGAUGCUUGCAAAUAGUAUGCAAAGAAGCAUGUCAGAGGUCAUCGAACUUGCAUUCAGCCGAGCCGAAAUUUCAGAGGCUAUCACCAAAGACGCACGGCGUGGUCCUCGAAUUUCUCGCCAUCAUCGAAAAGGUGACAUGGAAACAAUCACGGCCAUGAUCAAGAUCAACACUUCUGUACAAGUCAACAAAAGGACCCAGCGUCGCAUCGCCGCAAAAGGUUUAGGUCCCUUGAUCACAGAAACCUACAAAGACAGCUCGAGCAUUGCCGACGGCACAUUCGAGAUGAAAACCAUAAAGCGCAUAACUGCGGAUGGCAAGCAUGUCUCGUUGGAAUCUGUGAUCACCUUCACCGCUAGCCGAACUCAGUACAAGGAAUUCUUGCUAUCGAUACAUCUGCUGCAGUUGUAUGGUAGUCAGGGCGCAACAGUCAUGCCGGCUACCAUCAUCAUGCAUGAAAAGAUCAGCUACAACCAUCCGAUAUUCCAAGCGAUAAUCCGAGGAAACUACGACACAUUCACGAAACUGAUUUCUGAAAGAAACGCAAGAAUCUGGGAUCGCGAUCCAGAGGGACGGAGUUUACUGAUUGUAAGCCGCGAACGCCUUACGAUCGAUAUGGUUAGGUACCUUAUUCAACAUGGCAUAGACGUGAAUGACCAAGGAAAGCCGCUAGGGAGUGAAAUUGUGCCCAGUAAGACUUUUGAUAGCGUUGAAAGGGUAGCCAGGUCAGUGCGCGCAAUGUACACUAUCACCAUAUCGAGAGCUGAUCGCGCAUUAGGAUGGAUAUGUACAGCAUUUUGGAUACUACGCAACAUGAAAUAG